AUGAAGAAGUUCAGCCAGAGAAUCGGAGAGGGCGUGCGAAUCUACAAGAAGACUGAAGAAGAUGAGGACUUCGUUCAGCAGGAGAAGCUGGUCGACACCACCAGGGACGCGACGGACAAACUGGUGAAGUGUCUGGCGCCCAAGGCCGGACCUAAGAACAGAGCCAAGAAGCUGGUGAAGACCGGCGAGAAGAUGCAGGAGGUGGACAGAAACACAUCUGAGUUCGGAAAGGGUGUGGCUUGCCUCGGUCAGACGAUGAAGGAGCUGGGCCAUGAACAUGCAGAGCUGGAGAACCACAUCGCCAUCAACACAAUCAAUCCUCUCAAGGCCUACCGCGACGGUGACCUGAAGGAGAUCGCUAACCUCAAGAAGAGGUAUGAGAGCAAUCGUCUGGAAUACGACACGGCCAAGCGGGCCUAUCAGUCCAAGAACACGCCCGAGAACGAGGACAAGGUGAACCGCGUGAGAAUGCGGUACGAAGAGGCCAGGGACGCCUACUACGAGAAGCUUCAGCACAGCCAGGACGAUGACCACGAGCACCUGGAACAUUUGAAGGCCUACGCCCGCGCGAUGAUCGACUACCAUCGCAAGUGCAUGGGGCUCUUCCAGGCGGCCGAGAAGGAACUCGACAUGCUUACCGCCUCCGCUCGUCCCGUCACUUCCCGCAAGGGCUCCUUUUCCCACGAGUCCGAGACCCACCUUGUCACUGGCCCAUCGGUGUCGCAGAUGAACGCAGGCCCCGCGCCGCAGCGACCUCCCUCAAUGAUGAUGGGACACCAGCCCUACCAACAGCAGCAGCACUACCAGCAGCCGUCUCCUCAGAUGCCCCAUAUGCCGGCGCAACAGCACCAGUCAUACGGCGUGGGGGCUCCCAUGAUGCCCCCGCGAGCCCAUCAGUCGCAGGGACCAGCCGGCCACGGUCCUGCUGCCCACCCAAGCAUGCGACCCGCUCCCGUGGGAACCGGCCAACACCAACACCAGCAGCCGCACCAGAUCCCGCACUCCUCGCCGCGAGGAGCCGGCGAACAGCCCUCCUUGCCCAUGCGCCCACGCACCAACUCAGGACCCAGGCCCAUUGAGCGAUGCCGCGCGCUGUACGACUUUGAGCCAUCCGAUGUGCCCAACGGGAUCUCGAUCAAGGCCGGCGAUGUGAUCACUGUGCUGAACAAGACGCCAUCGGGUUGGUGGGAGGGCGAGCUGCGCGGCCAGACAGGGUUCUUCCCAUCUAACUAUGUCCAGCCGAUGUAA